AAAAAUACAUUACGUUGUUUGUUGGCUCAACCUUACAAGACAAAAGGGGGUAAAGAAAAAAAAAAAAAAAGAAAAGAGAAGAAAAAUAUACAAAAAGCAGGCUCUUUGAAAAUAAGGAUGCAUAAAGGCGCACUCAUAUUUUAUAACUGUAUUUAUCAGUACGCUAUAUAUAUAUAUACAUACUAAGUAAUAUUCGUAAAUACAUAAACAUUAAAAUAAUUGAAAAACGACUGUGAUACCGAACGAUCUUGUGACAUUCAAUUUCCAUGCGAAUUGAUAAAUGAACAAUUUAACGAAAUACAAAUAUUAAAUGUAUUAAUUAAUCGGCAUUGAAUGUCCGGAAAGCAUGAGCUCAGUUGUUUGAGCAGAGGAUGGAAAUAUUAAGUCGUUAAAAGUGAACAGAACAUCAAGAACAACGUGGCUGUUGUCCGAUCGGGGAGGGCUGAACGCUAGCCUCUUACAGUCCUAAAAACACGUUUUUGGGGCAUUGUUUCUACUUAAAGUAAACGCGCAUUAAUAAUAGAUAAUAACGGCGGAACGCGUCAUUACUGAUUGAUGAUGUUGGUAGGGCUUUAUAGAAUGUCGAUAUCUUUUGUGCAAACAUGUCGGAUUCUUACCUAAUCUAUGUGAGAAAAAGUACAAAUUCAAUUUGUGUGACAACUGACAGGAUUUUUAGACAUGUCAUACUUAUACCUGUUAUAUUAAUAGAUUUAUAGUGCAAUCGCGUGCGUGAAUCGUAUGCCGUGUGACAGUGGACCAAGGUGUGAAUGCCUCUCUGACGGGGAAUAAUUAUUUCAACUAGAACUUUCAAAUAGUGUUAUACGAAUAAUAUUGUUGGCUUCCGACCAUGAUCGAUGCGUGUGGUUUCAAAUUCUAAUAUGAUUGAUUUAUCAUCGAGUCCGUUUAUCAACUCGGAGGCCCUGCCAAGAACAUUACAAGAAGAAUUCACAACGAAAAGUGAUCGGUCACUUUUCUGUUAAUAUAGUGUACAAUUUUACGGCACAAUUGUUCAGUUAGACCUUAGUCUAUUUAAGAGAUAGUAGAUCAUGCCGUAAUAUUACUAUUAUUACUAUCACUAGUACCACUAUCGCUAUUGUUCGUAUUAUUUUUAUUAUUAUUACUACUACUACUACCACUACUACUACUACUACUACUACUACUACUACUACUACUACUACUACUACUACUACUACUACUACUAUUAUUAUUAUUAUUAUUAUUAUUAUUAUUAUUAUUAUUAUUAUUAUAAUUAUUACUAUUACUAUUUCAUCUACCUUCGAUAAAAAUGUUUACGUCGAUUUCGUAGGUGGUACUAUAUGCGCAAACUUUGCAUAACGGCUUUGCUGUAUUGCGUUGCGUUAUUUUACUGCGAUAGGUGAAAACGAGCAAAAAAGAAAAAAAAAAAGAAAAAAACAAAGAUAGGUGACUUUUGGACACUAUUAUCCUGAAUUUUUCCUAUCGCAUAUUUAUACAUCUUUUUUUCCUCUCCUUUCUUCGCGCGAUUCGUAAUCGAUGAAACCCGCAGUCGUCUGUGACAGUAGUGUUUCGUUGUAGAUCACACGUUAAAAUUUCUAUAGCUAUGUAUAUGAAAUCGGAGAAAUUCUGGAUUCUACUGUCCAAUCGUUCGCUCAGGCAACGAAUACAUAUGACGUGUCGGUGUAAGUUAUUAGUCUUGUGCAGUUGGAAGUAAUAUGUUCAUUUACGAAUAAUGUGGUGGACAGAGAUUAUGCAAGUAACAACUAUACACGAAAGUAUUUUCAUACUUGUUUCUCUCCUAGUUAUAACGCUAUUUUUAUACAUAACAGAGUGAUGUUGACCGCCGAGCAAUCACAAUGUCAUUAAUUCCAUGUGUAUUAUUAUCUUCUUUUUUUUUCCUCUUUCCUUUUAUAUAUUGUGAACCAACAGGUGUUCGAGUAUCGUGAUCGAGUCUAAACGAUGUGUAGCUAUUGUCGUAUGUUUCAUAUUUAAAAAAAAAAAGAAAAAAAAGAUUGAUAAAUAUAUUUGUGCGAUAGUCAGAUGUCCACCGUUUCGUAACUGGCAAAUGUAUAAAUUCAAGUACGGUAUUAUGAUUUAGGACGUAUUAGCAUCUUUAGAGGAAAUAGGAAACUGGUAUAAUAAACGAGACUAUUUAUUAACGUGUGUUAAGUAUUUAUUUUUUAUGUUACAUCUCUCGAAAGGACAGUCACAUUUGUACGGUACAAAUACCUUUAAAUAUUGUUUGGUCCUCUAAAGUAUAUCGGACGAGCAGCCUUAGAAAACAUUUAUGGAUCUACGCAGAGUGGAAUGAUCAGACAAAGAUCAAUUAAAGUGUAGUGCGAAGAAACGUGAGGGGCUACGAAUAGUAAUCAUUACAUAUUAUGUAAAAAAAAGUGGCGUUUGACUGUGACUGCAAUCAUUAUUACGAAAAGAAUGCGCAAUUACAAAGCACACAUACGAGCGAGAGAAGGAGAGUGAGAGAGAGUGAGAGAGAGAGAGAGAGAAAGAGAGAAAAAAACAUUGUAAGCCAUAUGUUACUCUGUACAACACGCAACAAUGUCAACGAAAGAAGAAAAUAUAAUCGGUAAACGUAAAUUGCUACCGAAUAAAAUUGUUGCGUGCGGUAGAUACAUAGUUUUCUUUCUUUCGUGAUCUUUUAUGUUACGCGUGUUUGAAAACUCGAAUCUUGUUCAAUUUGCUCUUGGUGAAAAACAAAAAGAUUUAUAUACGCCAAUUGUGUGUCUACCUCGAGCAAUUUUCUGUUUAAGGUAAAAAGAAAGGAUAAAAUACUAAUACUCGAAGGAAAAAGAAAAAGAAAAAGAAGCAUUGAGUUAUCGUAUGCGCGUGAGACGAUUGCGUGGCAAAGGGAAGAAAGUAAACGAGAGAACGAGAGAGAAAGAAAACGGGAGAAGGGGGAGAGAUAGAAAACGAAGAGCACACGCGUAGGUGGCAAACUUUCGUGGGCAAAACUAGGUGGGAUGGCAAAAAAAUUGUCUUCUAACUUUUAUGAAUGUUAUUUAAUCGAGAAGCGUCGCUUGUCGUUGAAUCGAGAACGCAGACAAGACGUGUAUAGAGGAACGAAAAAAGAAAAAGAGAAAAACAGAAAAAAAAAAUGGAGAUAAAGAAAAGAAAAGAAAGAGUAAAGAAGGAAAAGAACAAACUGCAGAAAGCACAAUAAUAUUGCGCUCUCAAUACGAGUCUCAAUGGCUGUGUUUCAUUUUUCUACGGCGAAUGACGCUCGUUGUAUCAUUCACUUGUAACUCUAAUGAUACUGCUAUAUAUCUACUUCACUGAGAUGGCGAGCAAAUGGCAAAAGUGUGAAAGAGUUAAGAAACGGAACGAUGAAUGUACCAUUUUGUCGGUCUCUUAAUUAAUAAUUGCACAUUUACACGCUACAUUAGGUGAACCGAGAAAAAUACGAGAAGUAGGAAAAAAAAUUCUGCAAACAACUGUACGUCGUACGGCUAUUGAAUGAAGUAAUAAAAAUAAAGUGUCUGAAAUUUAAAAGGGAAGUCAACUUAACCUUAUAAAGUGUAUGAUAUAUACAUAUACAUAUACAUAUAUACGUAAUAUAUAUACACUUGACGUUCAUUAGUAAUAAGUUACGAUCGCAUUGUGGAUAGCAUGUGCUUCUUGCGCUUGGGUAAAGCAACAUGUGUGUUCCGUGAAGAAUGAUUGUAGAGUGUCAAUAUUGUUACAAAUACCUCAUAAGAGACGAUGGAUCACAUAUAUUAUUUAAACGUCGUUCAUUUAGUGAUUCAUUCGUUUAUUUAUAGUAUUAUGCAAAGUGACAGGAGAAUUCUAUUAAAUGAAUCGUAUAAUAAAGAAAGGAAAGAUUAUGCAGUGUAGAGUCUCUCUUUAUACAUUAUAUACGUGUGUAUUAUCUGCAACUGGAAUACAGGGGAUCGUAUACGCCGAUGACGAAACGCCAAUUCCGUUGGGAGUAACUUGGACCAAUGGUAUAAGACCACGAUCGCAAUGGCGGCGUGGCUGAACAGUUUUGCGUUAUCGGGUGGUUAGGUAGAGGCUUCUAAAGCCAGCAAGUUCGUUUUCUUAUGUAUUAAAAUAUUCAUAUUAUCGUGGUUCAGUUUUUUAUUCAGUCAUGUAUCAUUGUGGUUUGUUAUUGGUCUUAUUGGAUCUGUCUUGUAUUCCAGUGGCUGGGAGUGUUUCUCAAUUAGAAAUUAACAGGCAUUUGGAAUUAGGUAGAGAAUUUUUAGCAAAAGGACAGUUACAGGAUGCACUGUCACAUUAUCAUGCAGCUGUUGAGGGAGAUUCGAAUAACUAUCUAACGUAUUAUAAAAGGGGCACAGUUUAUCUAGCAUUAGGUAAAGCCAAAUUUGCGCUCCUCGAUCUUGAUAGAGUCUUGGAAUUGAAGCCAGAUUUCACCUCCGCCAGAUUACAGCGUGGCAAUGUAUUGCUUAAACAAGCCCAAUUUGAAAAAGCAGAGGCUGAUUUUCGAGAUGUUUUAGCAGUCGAACCGCAGAAUUCGGAUGCCUAUAGUGCUUUAUAUAAAAUAGCACCUGUCCAAGAAGAUUUGUUAGUUAUAGACAGAUUAAUGAGGAAUGGUGAUUAUGCGGCAGCUGUGCAACAAAUUUCCAAAGUUAUCGAGGUAUGUCCCUGGUCGGCCGAACUUAGAGAACGUAGAGCUGAAUGCUACGAAGCGCUUGAAGAUUACGUUAGUGCUAUUUCCGAUGUACGUUCUACGACCAAGUUACAAUCUGAUAAUACGCAAGGAUUUUUAAAAUUAGCCACCUUGCAUUAUCGUCUUGGACAAGUCGAAGAAUCUUUAAAGGAAAUUCGAGAAUGUUUGAAACUUGAUCCGGAGCAUUCAAAGUGUUUUUCAUUUUAUAAGAAAGUUAAGAAAGUGGCAAAAUUAUUAACAGAUUCGAACGAGUACGAAAAUGAAAGAGAUUACGCUAGUUGUAUAGACUCUGCUCAAUCCGUACUUAAACACGAACCGCAAGUCGGUGAUGUGCGUUUCAUUGCUCAUCAGCAUCUUUGUAAAUGUUAUACUGGUAAUUCAGAACCAAGUCAAGCAAUAAAAAAUUGUCACGAAGCGUUAAAAAUAAGGAAAGAAGCUGCGGUAUAUUGCGACAGAGCAGAAGCGUAUCUCGCUGCUGAGAUGUUUGACGAUGCGAUUAGAGAUUUUAAAGAAGCUUUGGAAAUUGAUAUGAGUCUACAAAGGGCGAAGCAAGGCCUUCAUAAAGCGCAACAACGACAGAAACUUUCUGAAUCACGAGAUUAUUACAAAAUUUUGGGUGUGUCGAGAACAGCAUCUAAACGUGAUAUUAUCAAAGCAUAUAGGAAGGCUGCACAAAAAUGGCACCCCGAUAAUUUUCAAGAAGGGGAGGAGAAGAAACGAGCGGAGAAAAGAUUUAUUGACAUUGCAGCUGCCAAAGAAGUAUUGACUGACGAUGAAAAAAGAGCGAAAUUUGAUCAAGGAGAAGAUCCAUUAGAUCCUGAAUCAGGGAAGCAUCAACAAGGUUUCAAUCCCUUCCAAGAAUUCCAUCACUUCCAUGGCUCUCCCUUCCAAUUUAAGUUCCAUUUUAAUUAGUAAUUUUCUUUCUUUUUUUAUUCUCGCGGUAUUAGGUCAAAUAAAAUUCCUAAUUUUUCAUAGUAUGAAAAUACUAAAUCGCUAUGUAUGCAAUAUGACAUUUGCUAGCUGAAAUUUAAUUUUGCUGAUCUACCUCGUCGGUAGUCAUAUGUCUUGCAUCUGCAUUGAAUCAGAAGACUGUAUACGGAAAAUUGUUAAUCAAUCGGUAAGUCAAGAAAAAGUGACCAAUAACUGUAAUAAUAACAAACGAUAAACAUAAUAAAUGUUGAAUCGUAACACAUGAUUAAAAAUUAUGUUGUUGUUCGAAUCGCAGGAACUAUAAAAUAUCCUCUCAUUGUCAGUUUUCAGUCAAUAACUUGUUAUUGAAAUUCAAUAUAUACAUAAUGUAAAUAACGUAUGUAUGUAAUUUAAUAUGUUAGUUAUAAUAAUUUAUAUAACAUGGAUUGUAAUAACUUUGAGUAAUCGACUUACUGAAUAACUAAUAACAGACAUACUUGAUGCAGACUGAACGUAUAAUUAGUUUUCAGCGAUGUGAAUAUUCGAUACCAUCGAUACUAUAUAGACAUAGAUUUCGUACCAUUGACAUACGAAACGAAAGUCGUGAUUGAACUCGCAUUUUAAUAAAACUAUAGGAUAUAUGGCGGCGAUAACAGUUGCUGUUACCUAAAUGUUACAGCAGCGGGCUGUGGAUUAUUGAGUUUAGCUUAAAAUCAUGAUGCGACGAUUAGAUGAAGUAAAUACUAUUAAAGUCAUUUUUGAUAAUGUAACGAUCGAGUACGGAUACACUUGAGGUAUGGAUAGCGGAAUUAUGUUAUGAAGUGAUUGUAUUCGAUGUUGAUAAACACAUGUAGGGCAAUGCUGUGUGCGUGUUGUAUUCGCAUGAGUGUGAGAGAACUUUAUGUAAAUACUGUAUCUCUAAUAUUUGUUUAAAUAUAUUUGAUUAAUUUAUAUA